AUGAGUCAAAUUCAAACCAUCGUCGAUGGUUUCAUCGAUUUCGAAGGCCAAAAUCUCGCUGAAUCCCUAACCACCACCAUCAUCGCCUUCACAGGAAUUUUAGCCUUCAUCGUAGGCUGGGUCCUAUCAGAUCUUAAAUAUACUGUCUACGUUGGCUUGAGUGGUACCGCGCUCGCUUUUCUGGCGGUUGUACCCCCAUGGCCGAUGUACAAUAAGAAUCCGUUGGUGUGGGCUUCGGUUACGGAUGGGAAAGCGGAGACCAAGAAGGAGAGAUGA